CGGAAGCAGGCGGGCGGGUGGGUGUGUCCAAUGGCUUUCAUUCAUAACUCCAGUGCGUUUUUUGGAAGCCCUAAUUCAGGGAUGCGGAGGACGUCGGGAGCAUGCCUGGACCGCAAUCUUCAUCUCGAAAACGCUGCUGCAUGUGGAAGCAUAAUCAGCCUUCCUUAGCCAGACAAGACAGUUGACAGUUGCUUCCUGGGACUCAGGCGAGUGGAAGAUGCUGAGGAUGCUGAGGGACGCGCUGUAGGGAAGCUGCUUCCACACCUUCUGUUUUACAACGGUUCACCCACGCUGACCUGGACCAUGAGCAAUGAUUCGCCUGCUCUGACAAGUCUGACAGAGAACUCCACUGAUGUACCUGUGUCGGCAGGCCGGGUGGAAAAUUAUGUGUUGCUCCUGGUGCUGCUGAGUGUUUUCGCAGGGGGGACGCUGGUCCUCCUCUCUCUGCUGCUGCUCUUCUGCCACCGCUGCUGCAAGGGUGGGCGUCGCUACUCCAGAGCGAGCGAUGACCCUGAGAAGACCAACACGACUUAUGUUGAAGACUCUCAACCCACCCAUGAGAUCACAAUCCGCCUGGAUGAAUCCGACGCCCUCUCGGCUACGAGCUGCCACGACAUGGAGUCAGAGAGGUUCGUUUCCACCGGAUUGACGGGCCGCAGAGUCUCCUUCAACGAGUCUGCUCUGUACGAACAGGAGAGGAUGGCUCAGGAAAAAGGACGCAGAUAUACCCUGACCGAGGGGGAUUUUCACCAUCUGAAAAAGGCUCGGCUGACCCACCUUCACCUGCCGCCAGCUCCAUGUGACCUCAAGAUCCUCACCAUCAUGGAGUGCGACUCCACUGAGAGCAGCACUGCUAACAUCAGCGAGGCACCAGUGCCCAAACUGCCACUCUCAAUCUACCAGCCGACUGACAGAAGAGUGCCUGACUGGUUGGAUCAGAGCCUUAGUGGAGGUCUUCCAGGAGACACACAUCACUCCAUCGUCCUGAACCAGAUUCCUAGACAGGAUUUGGCCUUGCAAAGCAAACGCUCUCUCACUUUGGAGGUUCUUGGGGACCGACUAGAUCCUCACAGUGAUCACACAAUAGGAGAGUACGCUCAAGCACAGAGGCAGUCUUCAGUUCUUCAGUUCUUAUCGAAACUGCGGCGCCACGCCAGUCUGGAGGGAGCUGGGCCCUAUUUUAGGAGGUGGAAGUUUGACAGCAGCCACCGAGCCGCCAGUCUGGAUGCCAAAGGAUCCCCAAAGAGAAGGCCUUUCCAGAGGCAGAGAGCUGCAAGUGAAACCACUGACCACACAGGGGAUGACUCUUCUCUCCGAGAUGAUCCAAUCAGGUCUUUUCCGCAAACUCCCAGUCAGACUAGUGGCUUGCAGUCCCUGUCUGCCGAGUCCCUCUCACAAUCUUCCUUGGGUCCUUCCUCAAUCUUUCUCCACAGGCUUAACCUGGAGGUAGGGAGUGUCACCAGCAGGACAGAAGAACCCGAUGAAUGUUCCAUCCAGAGACAAGAGAGCAUCUCAGGCGACCCACCAGGAGUGCAGACAAAGUUACAACAAGAUCCCGUCAAAAGGAUGGACACUGGAGGGGUUGCGUCUGAAUCUUUAGAGGACGACGACUUGUUUGAGCCACAACCGGAAGACUCAACCAGGAAAAAUCCUGAAAGUGCAGUGAGGCAAAACUGUGAGGUAGACCAAGAUGAAGAUAAAGACAGCGUGUUGGGAGCCGAGAUCAGACAGAGGGCGGGUUCAGGUUCUUCUCUUUUGUGCAUGGAGGCACAUUCAUCUCUCUACAAAGACAUCUGGAGCUUGAGAGCCUCUCUGGAGCAAUACGCCUCCUCGGACCAGAGCAGCACAGACCGGGAAUCCAUCCGAAGUGAUGCUGAAAGUGUUUCAUCACUGGGCUGUCCAGGCGCUCGCACUGGACAUCUAGACAGCUGCUUGUCUCAAGACCUGGACGAUGAACCAGAAGCAGAAGGAGAGGCGAUGGAAGGAGGUGUCAGAGGGGCAUCAGGCAGGGGAAGUGAAAUGGGAAGCUUCGUCGACGGAGAAGCUGACGUGGGAAACCGCAAGCUCCUUCAGAUGGAUAGCGGCUACGCCUCCAUUGAAACUCCAUUCAAGGCACCAGAGGAUAUGCGGCUUUUCGGGACUCCUGCAGCCCCGCGUGGGAAGACGGCAUCAGAGCGGAGGUUAUUCUUCACAAGCUCAGGGAGGAAAGGUACUGUGUGCGAAAGCACAGAGAUCAGGUUGUUCCAGGAAGAGUUGGAGGACGACUUACCAAAAAGCACAGAGGGUAACCUCCAAGAACAAUAUCCACUCACCAAACCACAAUCUCAGCUGUUCAAGCCAAUCUCUCAGCCCUCCAGUCCUCACCGACCUCGUCUCCACCGCCGCGACUACAGCAUCGACGAAAAGACGGACGCUCUUUUCAACGAGUUCCUUCGACACGACCCGCGGUUCGACCAGCAAGACUCACCGUUUCGGACCAGGCAUCGAUCGAGAGUGAAUCUCCGUAAGCAGUGGCAAAGACACAAGCAAUAUAGCGACCCCGGCUCGGGGACUGGGCGGUACUCGCCAUCUUUAGAGAGGCAGACGUUCACUCCACUUCCAAGAGGCGAUAGUGCAAGUUACCCUCUGGACACCAGGUAUCACAGCACACUGUCACGCAUCGCCAGUGCAGCAGAUGAAGAAGCCAGUGAGAUUGCGGCCGGCGAAGAAACAGCCAAAGAGAGCACAGCAUCCAGCGAUGGAGCCAACAUGACCACCCCAGAGCCCACCAGUCUGGGUGACAAGAAUCACCAAACCUCUUCCGGCACAAAAAGCACAAGCAGUUUACCUCGAAGCUGGAUGGACCCCAGAGUGGGCAACAGGAACAACAACAGCAGUCAGCAGGUGCGGAACAGCCUGACGGAUAAGCUGGCGGAAGCGGUAGAGGAAAGGCUCUACGGCGGCAUAAGGAGGGCAGAACUCGGCCAGGGUGGAACCAAGUUGGUGGUCACCGCCUCUCACACAGCCUCACCUGACCACAGUCCUAAAUAACCUCAUCGUAUCCUGUCAUCAACUCUUUCAACAAUCACAUAAUAUAAUCUGAGGGCCAGCAUUUCCUCUCAGACCUUGACUUCCACUGUGAUGCCCUUUUUAGCUGGUAUUGCACAGGUAACUUAGCGUCUCCAUAUUUAGGAAUAUUUUCAAACAUAAAAAUUGUGUAUUUUCCGCAUGCUACUACUACUACAACUGUAAUGUGCAAAGAAAUUGUAAGAGAAGACUGUACAGUUUUAAACCUACAAACAAAAAAAGCACUUUCUUGGGAAGUAACAAGCCCACGUUACCCAUUUGUAUCAUGAGCAACCAUAUCCUCCGCAAGUGUCCUUCUUGUUUCAACCUACAUGAAGGCAACAGGGGAUCGUUUUUGAGACCACCAGUGUUAGCAUCCUGUUCUUAUUGUGAAAGGACAACUCGGGCCGGGAGCCAACGGAAAUACAGUGGAUUAUUUUUGUGCACAAUGAAGGGAAUUCAGGUUAAGUGUUGCAUCACCCAAGUGGAUGACAGGUGGGGAAGGUGUCAUGAAGUUCAUAUAAUGUAUUUUGCCAGAAAAUCCUCUCCAUUGUGACCAAACCUCAUCCAAACAUUAGGUACACUUACACAAUCCAAUAGUGGAUAACCUGUCUGUCUGAGAGCUGUAUCCUAAUUGCCUUUCAAUAGAUAGCCUUACUUCACAAUGUUUAUUAUAGUGUGUUGCAUCAUACUGAAAUGACCGUAUAAUUAUCUUUGUAAAGGCACAUUUCAGUAUGCAGCUCUUGUAUUGGGUCUGAUUACAGUAGAUUUUGCAGGUAUACCUAAUAAAGUGUUUCAUGAGA